AUGACCAACACCAAGGCGAAGAAGCACCACGCCGGCAGCGACGCUGGGGGCCACGCGGACGAAUCCGUGACGCGGGUGCGGUACCGCGGCAAGGACGCGACGCUGGCGUAUAGCCCAAAGCGCAGGCGCGUCAUUCUGCAGCACAGGGACCGCAGUGGGGGUGUCGUCACCAUCCUGAACAUUCCAAUGUGGUCUGUCGUCAACGUGGAGACUGCCGACGAGCGACUCCUGCGGCAGCUGCGCCGCUGCAACGAGGAAGAACGACAGAGCGGACUCCUCACGGCAAGCACAAAGGACACGGCGAGCAACUCGCAGAGAAUCCCGCCUAUGUACGCGAGCGAGACGGUCCAUCCAGACUCUUGUGCCGUCUCAAAGUCUUCUUUAACCGGUGGAUUUCACUCACACACUACCAGCACAGGGCAGCCCGCAGCGCUGGGACGGUUGGCGGGAAGUCUUGGCAGCGGCAACAACAACAACGAGAGCAGCAGGGCUUCUGGUGUCAGUGGUAAGUUGUACUUCCUACACUACCUGCGCAAGACCACUGGCACGCCGAAGUCACUCUCAACCAUUGAGUUUGUGUCGAUGCCGGACCUCGAGAGCCAGCGCGAGACACGGGGCGUCGUGCAGACAAUCCUCCGCGAUGUGUACCAUGGUGGGGAGCGGAAGUUGCGGUUUUUUGUAAGCCCCAAGUCAGGCGUCGGGGAUGCGAUAAAGAUAUGCAAGCGGCACGUAAUGCCGGUGUUGCGCUUCUCCCGUCAUGAGCUGGAGGUGAUUGUCACGGAUCGCGCCCACCACUGUGAGGAUUACAUUGCAGACACUGCCAACAGUGUGACGGGUCGCGAUGUCAUCGUGUGUGUCGGCGGCGACGGUAUGAUUCACGAGGCGGUGAAUGGGUUCUACCGGCGCAAACAUGCUGCUUUGGGCAGGAGCUCCAUGCAGGCCAAGGUGGAUCACGCAGUGAAACAGCGACAAGACGAGGGGCCGAAAGAAGGAGGAAUGGAGGAAGAAAGCACCAGCCAACCGAAGGAAGCUGACGAAAAGAACGGCGAGACAGACUCCCACGCAGACAGCGUGGGUAAGUCACCGCGAAGGCAGUCGGAUCUUGAACUUGACGUGUUAAGUUCCUCCGAGGAGUUGACGCCGAUGCCACUCAUCGCUACUAUUCCUGCUGGGAGUGGAUGUGGAAUGGCAAAGACCCUCAACGUCGUCACUGUGGCAGAGAGCAUCCUUGCUCUCGUGCACCUCGACACGUGUGUGAAGGAUCUCAUGCGCAUGCAAUACGUGAUACAACAGAAGGGUACGAAGGCUAACAAAAGAAAGAACAGCAGCGGCAAGAGCAAGAAAACAAAUAAUGAAAAUUCCGAACCAUUUACCCACUUGGUCCUCCCCGACACGGCCGGUAAUGCAAAGUCGUAUCGCGUUGAUGGUGAAUCAACGGUUCCUGACGUUGCUGAGCGAAUCGCCUUCAUGACAACUUCUUUUGGCGUAGUGAAUGAAAUUGACCGUGGGUCAGAGUCAUUACGCUGGAUGGGAAGCACUCGGUUCACUGCCUAUGCAUCUUACGUCUUCUGCCGAGGGUUGCGUUCCUAUCGUCUGCGGCUUCGCUACUUGCCAUGGCGGGGGAAACAUGGGCAGCAGCUGCAGAAAGUCCAAGGGCACGAAUCGAUUCCAAGCGAAGUGGAGCUCCCACCCUGCACAACGCGGAGUACAUGCACCCAUUGUCAACUUCACACCAAUUUCAAAGGCAAUGUGACUACUACUGCCUCUGAGCAGAAUGUGCCACAAGUUUCUCAGGAAGCUGCGCCAGGUGGUGAGUUCCCGUUGUCUUCGGAGCAUCAUCAGGAGCAUCAUCACGACGACUUUGACGACCCGAACCUGCCGUGGGUGACGCUCGACGGAAGCCACUACAAUGUAUUCAUCAGCAACAUCCGUAGUGUCGCGAGAGAUGUCGUAAUGGCACCCCGUGCUCACAUGAGCGAUGGCGCCAUUGAUAUCGUGUUCAAUAAGGAAGGAGAUUUCAAGUACGGGCGCAUGGAGUUCCUCAAGUUCUUUACUAAGCUGGAGUCGGGAAACCACGUGGAGCUGCCGUUUGUAAGCUAUAUCAAGGCGCGAGCGCUUGAGUUGGAGGCGCUCGAAGGGAACAUCAUGUCGGACGGUGAGAUGAUGCCCUUCACAAAGGUGCGCAUCACACCGCUGCGCCGCGCCGCCGAGUUCGUGCGUGGUGAGUAA